UAGAAGUAGCAGAAGAUACACUGCAGACGACACAUGCGCCACGCUGCCAAAAACUUGCGACAUCAUCCGAAUCAUCAUUAUCUGUUGACAAACAUCUUUUAACAUUUGCAUCUUUCAACAAUGACUUUGAAGCAUUUAGUGCGUGGUGUGACGUUGCUUCAGUUAGCUCGUUGUCAUACAGUGUCGUGUCGUCGAAGAAUUUCAUCAACAAGACAAGGGACGGAUGAAGAGAACCUACAGGUGUCUUACCUUGAAGGAGACCUCAGCGGAAUAGCGGUGUUCGGAUUUAAUCGUCCUAAGGCUAAAAAUGCGCUUAGCAGAGACUUAGUCAAAAAUUUGCUGGACUCACUGGACUCUGUUCGUUUCAACUCAGCCGUCAGAGUUGUCAUUCUGCGGAGUAUGGUCCCUCAAGUCUUUUGUGCUGGUGCCGAUUUGAAAGAACGAGCUACAUUUUCCCCUGCUGAAGUGAGUGCUUUUGUCAACAAAUUACGUCUCAUGACUAAUACUAUUGAGAAUUUGCCCUGCCCUGUCAUUGCUGCUCUGGAUGGAGUUGCUCUUGGUGGAGGCCUUGAGAUAGCCCUUGCAUGCGAUAUGCGAACAGCUGCAGCUUCAACGAAAAUGGGUUUAGUUGAGACCAAACUGGCCAUCAUCCCUGGAGCUGGAGGUUCCCAAAGACUUCCAAGAAUAAUUGGAGUAGCUAAAGCCAAAGAGCUUAUUUACACUGGAAGAAUUUUAAAUGGUCAGGAAGCCCUAGACAUUGGGCUCGUCAAUUGUGUUGUUGAACAGAAUGUAGACGGUGAUGCUGCGUACAUGAAAGCGUUAUCAAUUGCAUCUGAAAUACUACCAAAUGGGCCAAUAGGGGUACAAAUGGCUAAAGCUGCAAUCAAUAGAGGAAUGGAGGUUGACAUAAGCUCUGGAUGCUUUAUUGAGGAAGCUUGUUACUCCAGAUUAAUCCCCACCAAGGAUAGGCUAGAGGGCUUGAAAGCAUUCAGGGAGAAGAGGGUUCCAGUUUACAGAGGAGAAUAAUAUCAUGCCUACCAUUCUGUGGUUCAAUCUCACAAUUUCUUUAUUCUUCUAUAUGUUUUGUUAUAAUGUUGUCUCGUUUCAGUUGAAACCUAUCUUGAGACAGGACAUCACUUUUUAGAUACAAUAAUCAUAUAAUGUAAAUUACUAAGAGAAAUAAAGACUGUUUUUCUUAUCUUGA